AUUGUCCCCCUCUACUGGUGAGGUACCUUAAAUUGGUAGUCGCUUUGAGUUGUGUGUCGUUUUUUUAGGAAAAAUUAUAUACAGAAAUAAUACCAGAAAUGUCUCAGUAAUACUCGUACGUGAAUCAUUUUGUGGUGAUGGCAAAGCUCACGUUUGCCCACUACUUAACACAGGCUCUGAAGGAGUUGGAUCCUCCCUCGAAAUGGGAGGAUAUUGUGCAGUUUGUCCUAAUCACAUUGAAUUGCACGCGGCGACAGAGGUCAGUGCGCGUGGGAAAAUUACCUACAAGUUGGGACAGUAUCCCCGGAGUUUUGAAUGGGAGGAAAUGAAAGAGCAUAAGGACGAGGACGACGACGAGGACGAGGACGAGGAGGAGCAAAAACAGCAGCAGCCUGAGGUUAAAGGCACAAAAAGGAAGCUGGCCAAGAGCUUAAAAGAAGAGCUCAAAUCAGCUAAAAAGCAAUGCAGAAACUGAAGUAAAAUAGAGUGUCUCGGAUGCACCUUUCGAUGUUCAAAUAAAAUUGCAGUUUAAUUUAUGUAAUAUCUUAA